UUCCGAAAGAGACUGAGCGUUGCGGUGGACAAGGGCAGCACUGAGGAGGUUGAGGCGUUGCUUCUGGAUGCACAAAAAGUAGGGAUGCAAGGCCCCGAGGUGAGAUGGGCAAGGGAUACCUUGCUGGCUGCAGAGGCAGCGGAGUUCCGAAAGAACACCGUGCGUCAGGUGGAG